CCACCAUGUCACAUCCUUCUGGGUGCAGGCGGCAGGGGCCAGGGCAGGAAAUGGCCACUUCUCAGAAUGAGACAAGGCUUUCCCAGGGCGGUCAUUGGCUCUCUGGGCCUAUAAAGCCGCCUCAUCCAGAAACAGCCGCAGAGUGCCCUGUCCUGAAGAUAGGCCGGACGAGCAUGGAGCGGCCAGCGAGCCCCGAGGCGCUGCGGCGCUUCCAGGAGCUGCUGUUGGACCGUCGUGGACAGCUGCACGGCCAGGUCCUGCGCCUGCGCGAGGUGGCCCGGCGCCUGGAGCGCCUGCGCAGACGCUCCCUGCUGGCCCACGUGGCGGGCGGCGGCCUGAGCGUGGCGGGCUCGGUGGUGGCCCUUGUGGGCCUGUCGCUCAGCCCCAUGACCCUGGGCGCCUCCCUGAUGGCCUCGGCCGUGGGGCUGGGGGUGGCCACGGCCGGAGGCGCCGUCACCCUCACCUCCGACCUGUCGCUGGUCUUCUACAACGCGCGGGAGCUGCGGCGGGUGCAGGAGAUCGCGGCCAGCUGCCAGGGCCAGAUGCGGGAGCUGCUGAGCUGCCUCGAGCUCUUCUGCCGCUGGCAGGGCCGCGGGGACCGCGGGCUGCUGCUGUGCGGGAGGAACGCCGCCGUGGCCCUGUACAACUGCGUCUACUUCAUCGUCUUCUGCGGCUCCCGUGGCUUCCUCAUCCCCCGGCGGGCCGAGGGGGCCACCAAGGUCAGCCAGGCCGUGCUCAAGGCCAAGAUCCAGAAACUGGCCGAGAGCCUGGAGGCGUGCACCGGGCCUCUGGACGAGCUCAGCGUGCAGCUGGAGGCCCGCGUCCAGCUCUGCACCAAGGCCGGUGGCCGCGGCCUCCAGGGCGCCCCCGAUCAGCCCAAGGGGCUGUUUUUCUGAGCUCGGCAGAGCCCUUUUCCGCUCCGGAUGGAGGCCGGAAGCCGUCCCGUUUGGGAUGCUCCAAAUCGGCCUUUCCCUCAGGAAAACGGCCUAAUUGGGGCAGAAGCUUCGAGCAGAUGAUGAGACUCUCGCCCUGGCCGCCCCUCCACCCCAGCCUGACACUGCGGGGACACUCACCUCCCGUAUCCAGUGGGACGUGUGGCCUGAAAACGCCCCCCGCCCCCCUUUAUCAAAACCGUUCCUGGGCACUGCUGCUUAACAUUCGCUGGGGACCCGGCUGUGUCACCGUGGUUUCAGCCCAUCCUGGAGGGGUUGCAGAUGCACGCUCAGGCCCCAGAAACUGAGGUUGUUCCUAACGUUGAAGCCCCUCUUCAGAGUAUCUCACUGCAAGGAGCUCCGCCUUCCCCAGCAAAUUGGGGUGCCUGAGAGGUGGGCAAGAGGGCCAGAGUCCAGGAAAGUUGCCCCUGGCCCCCAGAACACAUCUCCCAGCUUGCGAGCUCACAGGCCCAGCCUGGUGUGGAGGCUACCCUGGCGUCCACCCCAUCCUGGAGUCUUCUCCUGUCCAGAUCUUAAAGCACCCAGUGGGUGGUCAUCAGAGAUCCGGAAGGCAGGAGAAACCAAAGCUUUGAGUUUGCUGACCUCAGAGAAGCGACCUCCAGGGCUCUGGAUGUGAGCAAUUGUUCUUUACUAGGGGGCCAGUUGGCUUCAGGGUCUGCAAAUCAGGGAUGCCCACAGCUCCCCUGUUGGGAGGCACUAAGGGAGAUGAGGAGCCUCCCCCCCUCCCCCCAGGGUGAUGCUGCCACAGAGGGUGGCUCUGGCCGAGCAGCGUUCGUGGCACAGGGAGAAUUGCCCGAAAGGCUCUCAGCUGCAAGAGGAGAAACUCUGGGAUCCCGCAUCUCCUGGAGAUGCAGAACUUGGGGGUUUGGAAACUGCUGCUGCAGAGGGUACUGCUGAUGAAAGUGAGUUUGUAUGAAGUUUCAUGACCUUGUCAGGGGCUUCAGAAUCUCUCUCACAGAUGCUCAAAGGGACAGACUCAGAAGAAAAGGCAGCAGCAUUCUGUGCAGGGGCUCAUUUCUCCCUGCGAGCUUAGAGGGUUGUGACACGAUUCGCCCUGUAGAGGGCGGUGUUGCCCACUCAUUGGGAGGAACUGGUACAGUACCGAAUGUGAACUGCGUGGAAAUUCGCCUUUAUCACCGUCUCUGAAAACAGCAGUUAUAUUUUUUUUCUUAAUUUAUUUUUUAAAAGGUUUAAAAAUGUAGUGUUUAUUAUUAUUUGUAUUUAAUUUUAUUUAACCGUUUUAAGAAAAUAAUGAACACGAGUGUCUGAACAGGACGGAUUACUGUGGCUUUCCUGAAGAGGAAGUGGCAUUUUUGUGCUAAGGCAGGGGGGCAGGAGCUGGGGACAGCAUUGGUCCCCUGGAAUUGGUCUCCUUUAGGAGGGCCCCUUUCCCACGGAAUAAUAUCUUGCUUUGCAGCGCUAGGGAUUGAACUUGGGGCCUCAUGCCUGCAAGGCAAGUGCUCUCUACCACUGAGUCACCUCCUCCAGCGUUUCAGUUGAUUCUUUCAAGUAAGGGAGAAGUUGUGAAUAGAGAUCAGAACCUGUGUUACUGCUUAUAAAUGACCCUCGGCUCGUGGGGUAGGAAAGAGGCCAGUGUACUUAUUCUGUAGGUGCUUUUGCCAGUAGAGAACAUUUGACCUGGAAGAGAGACUGAUAAGUGCAGGAGGAGACAGCAGAGACCCCUGUGAGGGGAGUAUGGAGAGAGGCCUGCUGUCCUCUGUGACCCCAUCCCAGGUGGGUGGACAAGCAGUCCUGUCCUGUGUGUGUGUGUGUGUGUGUGUGUGUGUGCGCGCGCGCACGUGUGUAGGGGGUGUGGGUGGGGUUGUCUUGCUUUCACUCGGGGGAUGGUAAGAAAUUUUUAAGCUGCUUCUUAGAAUGUACUUAGAAUUUCUUUAAUUUUCAUUCCUACAACUGAAAUGCCAAAAAAAAAAAAAAAUCUUGGAACCCCCAGCCCCACCACAGACACAAACGUGGCAUAUUAUUGAAUGUUAUUGAAGGAUUUCGGAGGCUUUCACCAUACCCUUCCUGUUCGUUUCCUUCCCGAUGAGGGUCAAGUGUCUGAGCGAGUAGGUUCCAGUGCUGGGGCCAGUGGUGCAGCUUUCUAGAUCUGUAUUUGGGGUCCCAUUGCAAUGAGUUUUAUUACUUCAUUUUUCUUGGCGCAGGGCUGGAGCCCAGGGCACACGCUGUCACCCAUAGAGCUCCCUCCCUUACCCGGCCGGCCGUUGAUCCUGGUCUCUCAACACGUGUCAUUUCCAAGGUAACCUUGCAUUUUAGAUGGGCUCCUGUUGCCUGAAAGGUCCAGCCACCGCCUAGCUAUCUUCUCUUCAUGCUGAAAUCUGAAUUCUUCUCUUCCAAUGCCUGAACUGCCCCGAGAAGUAAUUCAGACACUCUUGGAAGCUGCAUCACUGCCCUUUCCUAUCCUACAGCUGAGCACUGUAGCACUGUCCUCCUGUUGUUCAUCGAUUUGCUGAAGCGGGCCCACUAAUGUCUCCACUGUGAGACUUGUUGUUACUGUGUUUGGCUUAUGGAAUACGUCACGGGGAGCUUGCCAGGCUUUGCUAUGCGGGCGAGAUACUCUCGAUAGCUUGCCGGGCUCUCCGAGAGGGCGGAGGAAUCGAACCUGGCUCGGCCAGGCUGGGCCGCAUGCAAGGCAAAUGCCCUACCGCUGUGCUAUUGCUCCAGCCCAUCCAACAGCUCUUUUGUGUAUAUCAAAAGGCUGGAAUUGGAAGUUAUCAUUUCAGAGGCUGAGGAUGUUGUUAGGUGGUAGGGCACUUGCCUUGCAGGUAUGAGGCCCGGGGCUCUACACCCCAGCAUUGCAAAAGCAAAACAAAAUGAAACCUGCCCCCAAACAAAAACCCCAAACAGGAUAAAAUGAAGACCGUAUUACUUCAAUGACCCUCGUUACAUCUAAAUGUCUAUUUUAAUACGUUGCACGUAACAGGAAUGCAGUAAAUGCACUUGAAUGAAUUAAUUCACUAGUUCUUUUCAUAGGAGUCUGUUGGUAGCAAAUUUUUGAUGUGUCUGUUAUUUGGUUAUAAAGAUUGUGCCUGUACAGGAUUUAGUCAAGUUUAUUUAUAUGGAUUCUAGAGACAAAGGUUAAUUUAUUUCUUUUUCGUGUGUGGGAACGUGACCAAAGCUUUUCCUAAAGAGCUUCAUCCUACAGACUGGAAUGGUAUGUUGUAAAGGGGAGAGGACGAGGGGUAUUGGAUUACGCGUGCACUUCAGAAAAAUGUUGGAGUUUGAAAAAUAAAUGUUUGCACUAAAGCUUUAA